AUGCCCAACUCUACCACAGUGACUGAAUUCCUGCUUACCGGAUUUUCUGAUGUGUGGGAGCUCAGAGUCGUGCAUGCCAUGCUAUUCUUACUGAUGUAUUUGACAACCUUAAUGGGUAACUUUCUCAUUGUCACAGUAACCACUUUUGACAAAAGUCUUCACAACCCUAUGUAUUUCUUCCUUAGGAAUCUGUCUGUUCUGGAUAUGUGCUACAUCUCUGUCACUGUACCCAAAGCGUGUGUCCUCUUCCUGCUCAACAAUAGGGUGAUCUCAAUGGUUGAAUGUGGAACACAGAUCUUCUUUGUGGUUUUCUGUGCUACUGUGGAGCUGCUGUUCCUCACAAUCAUGGCCUAUGACCGCUAUGUUGCCAUAUGCCAACCCCUUCACUACCCUGUGAUCAUGAACCCUCGAAUCUGUGUCCAGACAACACUGGCCUCUGUACUCAGUGGUCUGAUUUAUGCAGGUGUGCACACUGGCAGUACAUUCCGGUUGUCCUUCUGUAAGUCUAACGUGAUCCAUCAGUUCUUUUGUGACAUACCACCAUUGCUGAAGCUCUCCUGCUCUGAUACCUUCAUCAAUGAGGUUGUAAUUUUUUUCUCUGCAGUGAUGAUUGUAGGUGGUUGCUUUACUUUCAUUGUCAUGUCUUACAUUCGCCUAUUUUCUACUGUGUUCAAGGUUCCAACCAAGGGAGAGAGAAGAAAGGCCUUUUCCACCUGUCUACCACACAUUAUUGUGGUGACAGUAUUUGCCAGCUCAGUGAACACUGUAUAUAUGAAUCCAACUUCUAACUCACACACAGUUCAGGAUAUGAUCAUUUCUGUGUUCUACUGUAUAGUCCCUCCUUUCCUAAAUCCUAUUAUCUAUAGUCUUAGGAAUAAGCAGAUAAAGGAGGCUGUAAGGAGAAUUAUGUUGUAG